UCAAAGCGCCGGUGGCGGCGGAAGUGGCGGACCGGGCCCACGGCGGUGCCGGGAUGGGGCUCACCUCGAAGGAGCAGCGCCGGGGGCCCGGGCAGCCCCCGGGGAAACACCAGGCGCGACCCCUGCAGCGCAGAUGGCGAGUGCUGGCCGAGAGGAACCAGAGCGUGAUGCCCGUGGGCGUCUGGGUGGAGAGUGCGCCCGGGCAGCAAAGCCCGGCCUUUGCCUCAGCAUUCCGGGUGGAGGAGGAGCUGGAGGAGCAGCAGCGGAGGAAGGCAGCCAGCCUGAGGAGAUUCCAGGCUGAGGUGAGGCAGAGAGUGAACCGGCAGGUCAGGAUGCGCCGCAGGCAGGAGCUGCAGAAGGCCUAUGAAGCAGCGGAGAGGGAGAGCUGUGUUACUGUGCAGUACUCGACCCCCUGGAAGAACACGUGCCUCUUCCAGAGUCUCCCUGCUCCCAUCAUCUGUGGGGCUGGUGCUGGCUCGGGCCCAGCCCAGCCAGAAGAGGAGCACGGAGAGCCAUUCCAGCAACAAGCUGCCGAGCUCAGCAGGGCAGUGCGGCAGGUGCGGCGCAGGCUGGCAUCCCGCAGGACUGUGUCCCCUGGUGCCUGGAGCCAGGAGAAACCAGACCCUUGCCCGGGAGCUGCAGUGCCCAUGGAGGAGAGUGAGGAGCUGCUGCUGGCAGGACACCAUGAUCUGCCUGCUGAGCUGCUGGAGCAAGGCACAGCUGCAAAUGGCACUGGACAGCAUGAUGACUUCUACAUCAAAAUUGAAUUGAAAAAUGUCUGUGAUGGGUCAGUGAAAGACUUGAGCCUGCCUGGGCCUCCUGGGAGGCCACGAAGUGAAUGCCAAUCUCCCCUCAAACUCUGGGCUGGUGUUGACCAAGAGGAAACCAGGAAGCAGCGGCAGAGCGAGUUCCUGCGGUGCCGGCGCCUCUUCAUGGCCCUGGAGCGGGAGCGAGUGAGGGAACGGCAGAGGCAGAAGCAGAGGCAGCAGAGAAUUGCCCAGAUUAAGAGGCAGAAGGAGAAUCAGCGCCGGGCAGAGGAGCAGAAGAUGCGAGACAUGGCUGAGCAGCGAGAGCCCUCCCCAGGAAAGGGAGCCUGGCAAGCUCUGGCCCAGCUGCAGCUGGAGGAGAGGAGAGUGAGGGACAGACAGCAGCGGGAUAAGGAGCACAUGAGGUAUGUUGAAGCUCUGAGAGCCCAGAUGAAGGAGAAAAUCAAAUUCUGUAACGUCGACUUGCCCCCACUGUGUUCCUGUGGCUCUGAUUUCUGGGAUUCCCACCCAGAUACCUGUGCCAAUAACUGUGUCUUCUACAAGAACCACAAAGCCUACAGCCAGGUGCUGCACUCAGUGAUCUCCUCCUACACCCAUGGAGUCACACGGCCUCUGCAGGACUUGGCUGCUCUCUGUGCUGGUGCGGGGAAGCGUCAGUGACCGAGGCAGCUCCGUGGCCCGGUGACUGGUGUGAGCAG